CGCCACACACAUUCUGCCCAGCUGUUUAUAUUCCAACACAUUCAAGCCCUUCUCGCCUUUCUUUUGUUCGAACGAGGACUGAAAUAAUCAUUUUCUAACAAAAAUGGAAAGGGGCUCAGAUCCAGUCAAAACGGUGAAACCUCCUAAAUCUUCUCGGUUGUGUAAUCAAUGAGAAGUUAUCCAAAGAACCCCGCAUCAUUAUCUAUAAACCCACGCAACGACAUUUUCGACUUAUCCGAUAUUAUAUCUACUGGCGCCAAUUUAUAUUGCCUUGUUUAUUUUGAAGUAGCCUAAACCGGUUAUGACGAGUCGGGGAGAAAUGCCGUGUAGACUAAAGCAUAUGGCGUCGAUUCUGGCUUGAUAUUAAACAUUAUUCUUAUGCAAUUUUGUUUUUCUGUUUUUAUUUUUAAAUGAUGAGCAUAUAGGGAUGGAAGUUGCCAGCUUAAAAUGAAAUUCAUUGCCGGAAGGUAUGAUAUGUCAUCAGUCCUGUAUUCUUGAUUCUAAUAUCGAUUCGUGGAACUUACGUAUUCCGGUUGCGGAAUAAUAAUUAAGCUUCCCCCUAUUAACCAAUUCUUUUCAGAUAAUAAAAAACACAAUGGCGCAUGAUGAAAAGCGGUAGCCAUAUUACGCGCGCGAGUAUUUAGGGCUUUAUAGUCAAUAUCUCGAAUUUAUAACGAGAGAUUAUUAAUAACGAAACCAGCACCGCGGGGAAUUAAAAAAGUCCACAACUCAUUUUCCUUAUCAAAAAGGAAAUGAGGCCACCACAUCAGUCUGUGAGCCAAAUUGUUCUGCCUAUUUAAAGUGAGCCGCCAGCGAGGUACAGUCACGAGUAUUCCAGUAGCUGUCGUCUGCACUUGAACAAACUCUACAACCAACAAUGGCCAGCAAUCAAAUUCGUAUGGCCGGCCAUUUCCUAGUCCUAGCCGCUCUGCUCUUCCUGGUGCAUCCAACUCACCAGCAAGAUGUUGAAUGCGGACGAUCGAUGGUCACUUCCAGGAUCGCUGGAGGUUGGGAGGCCACGCCCAACGCCUUCCCCUGGAUGGCCCACCUGAAAGUCAAAUUCUGGAGCGGCGACGCCGCCGAAUGCGGCGGAAUUCUCAUCAACGCCAAUCACGUCCUCACAGCGGCCCAUUGCCUCUUCGGAGUCAUCAGUGUCAAAGUCACGCUGGGCGCUCACGACGUCACUUCUCCUCCGCUUCAUCAGCAAAUCUUUGACGUCAAUUCCGGUUCUGAUUUGAAGUCUCAUCCCGAUUGGAAUUACGGGAAAGUCGAGGACGAUAUCGCCCUCAUCCGGCUCCCCUAUCCCGCCUAUCUCAACGAAUUUGUUCGGCCGGCUUGUCUGCCUUUCGCCGGUGAUUCCGAUCAAGUCAACGAUCCGGUUGUCCUGGCCGGAUGGGGAAACUUCUCCAGUGCCGUUGACAGCGGAUUGAGUCCGGUUUUGCGCCAAACCGAGACGACCGUCAUUUCUUCGUUCGGGACUAACGGCCAGUGCCAGCAGACGGCCGGAUUGGGCUCCUUCUCCGGCGACAAGGCCAUCUGCAGCGACGGAUCUCAAGGGCGUCGCUUCUGCUACGGCGACGACGGUGGUCCGAUGAAUUUCUACAACGCCGAAUGGGACCGGUGGUUCGUCGUCGGAGUGGCCGGAGUGGGUGACAGUUCCGUCGGAUGUCCGACGGCCAGGAAACCCAACGUCUUUGUACGUGUCAGGGGAUACCUGGACUGGAUCGGAGGCAUCACCGGAUUGAAGCCCAUCACAACCACAACUACCACCACCACAACAACAACCACAACAACAACAACCACCCCGAAACCGACGACCCGGGAUCCGUCCUGGUUCGAUUGCACGGGCAAAGCGGACGGCAACUACCCCAAUCCGGCCUCCACUUGCUCCAAAACCUUUUACAUGUGCUCCAAUGGCGACGCUUAUCUCUUCACCUGCGCUCAAGCGGGAACCAUUUACCGGCCAGACAUUUACGCUUGCGAUUGGCCUAGCAACGUUGCCGGAUGCGCUUAAUAGAUGAUGAGGAUGAUCCAAAAUUCAAUUCGCCCUUCCUAAAUCUUUCCAAAUAUUUUAUUCAU